AUGGCCCAAAUUGCUCUGCUACGACACCAGGCAACACAGUCGCAGUCUGCUGGCAUAGGCUCACCGCUCUACCAGCGCCGACAGCCUUCAAACGCCGGCCCCAUUGAGCUCAUCCCCAACCCAGAGUUCUCGUUUCCUAUGCGAGGACCAGACACGUCUUCUUCAGAGCCCACGCCAACGAGCUCGCGGCCAAUGUCUCUGCAGGCAUAUCCGACCGGCCGUCGAGGCUCCAUGCCUCACCAGCGCCAGAAGUCCGUCAGCGCUCUGCCAGCUUUCUCCUUCAACCCGUCCGGCACACCUCAGCCAACCACUAGCACAUCACCACCGCAUUCGCCAUCUACAACACCCGCAACACCCGCAAAGCCAAUUGUGGGCGGUCACAGGCGAGGUGGCAGCGAGUUCAUUGGCGGCGAUGCUCGACCUGGAGGCAUGUCACUGAUGAGCAGCAGUCCGACCAAGGGCGACGGUUUUCUGCCUGCACCAAACGCUGUACUACGGCCUGGUCCACCAGCGGGUCGCCGCGGCCACGCCCACCGUCGCUCAGGUGCCAUCUCCUCCCACGACCUUACCUCGAUGAUGAACCCACCAGCGCCCUCGCGUGCAGACAGCGCACCUUCGACGCCCUCGGAAGGCAAUGACUUCGUAUUCGGACACUCCUUCAACAGAUCGAUAUCACAGCCGUCACUCCGCACCAGCAACAACACAGAAGAGGACGCUGCACGCCCACCUUCGAGAGCCCGUGUCGGAUUCUCUGAUAGGGUCGAGUACAUCCGCCCGCUCUCAACCAUUUCUUCAGAAACAGAGACUUCCAUGUCUACAUUCCGUGGUCACUCGGCGACCAAUAGCCUUUCGUCCAUCGUGGGCGGCAGCAACUCGAGUCCGCAACCAUCACGCAUGGGACGUCCGUCGCUCAGCACAGUCGAAGACGAAGGACGACCCAGCACUGCUGGUGCUAUCCUGGACAACUUCAUGAGCAGCCCACUUUCAGGCCAGCCGUCCGAUCGCAAGAGGCCCAUGUCUGCUGUCUCGCCAACGUCUCCCACCACCAACAUGACCUCGGCCCGUGUACCUACCAAGCGACGUGGCUUCUUCCGGCUCGAGUCCAAGCGCAGCGACAAUUCGUUCCGCACACUUCCCACCAGCAAAUCCGAUCCUUCGCUUUCGCGCUCGAUGGAGGUUGGGCUAGCCUCACCCAGCGUUGACGACGAAGAGUCUAUGGAAGAGGCAGAGAAGUCCAAGGUCUCGACACGCAAGUCCAGUCGCAGGCCUCGCAAAGUCAAGUCUUGGGCAAAUUCCAUCAUCCCACGGAAGGGUAAGCACAGCAAGAAGUCCAAAGCCAAGUCGUUGGUACCUCCUGCGGAAUUGAGUCCUGAUCUGGACGACACGGACGCAUCGGAAGACAUGGAUUUCGAGCCAAACUUCGACGAGGAUACUACCGUUACCAUUGUGUCUCCCACGGAAUCGGCGACUCCUCUACCGAAAAUCGACACGGACUAUGCGUCUUGGCAGCCACGACAGCUGCAGCGAGUCGAUUCCGACAUUAUGAGUCCGAUCAUCGAUUUGGACGCGGCCCUUGGACCAUUCAACACUCCAAAUGGUUCGAGCCCGAGAUCGCAGCAGCAUGGAUUUUCAGCCCACAGACGCGCAAUGCACAGCGCAAGUGGCAUUGUGAUGAAACACCGCAGGACUGAGAGCGCGCCUGAGCUCGUCCCUUUCGAGCGGUCGUCUGCUGUCGCCUCCACUUCCCCGAUGGCUGAUGUCUUCGAAGAGGAGGAACCCGAAGAGGACCCGACUGCGGUUCGAAAAGGUUCAGACCCGAACUCGAUUCCCGAGGAGCCUACAGACAUCGAAGAGCCUAAGAUUCAGGUCGUUGAAGUGGAUGAAAAGCACGAGGGCGCGACAAUCAACUGGAACUUCAACAACGGUGGUCUUGGUAUUGAAAAUGACCGAGAGACCGUGUCUGAGGAACCGUUGUCCCCCCGAGCGGUUCCCCAGGGUCUGGUAGACGAGGAAAUUGCGCUGGACAACUCUCCUCUAUCGGCUGAUGAAUCCAAGGAGCACGCGCCUGUCAUGAACAUGGCUCUCCCACUACCUCAGCAGACUCUGAUGACUCCCGACACUUUUACAUCCUCAUUUUCAUCGCCAGACUACCGAUCUAGCCAGGUGUCUUUCGAAACCCCCAGGGUUGGCACCGCUGCUUCUUCGAUGACGAUGCCUUCACCGCGUUUUGGCGAACCUGGACCCGAGCUUCGCAUUUCCGUGGAUGAUGUGCCUUCAUUGACCUCAUCAAGAUCAACUAUGACAAGCGCUAUGCAGAAUCCUUACUCGCUCCCCAGUCCUCGCCGACUAGGUGAUCGCUCAGCUUCACUGUGCUCCGACCCUAGCGAUCUAGAGAUUCGUCGCCGCAAGCGUUCCAGCAUUGCCAGUCUUUCUCGGCUCAUCAACAGCUCUUCUUACGGCGAGAAGAGCAAGCUGUCUAUUGAGCAGCGCCCUCAGUCCGAAUGUCUGGAGCAGCCGAAAGACAAGAAGAAGAACAAACGACUCAGCAAGCUCAAGUUCUGGAAGAGCAGGGACUCGUCCCCAUCACCAGCUUAG